GAGCUGAGUGUUUAUAAUAGACGGCCACCUCGACCAGCAUGGCGUUACCCUUCCUCUACCACGGCUCCUUCUCUCGCAGCACUGGGCUGUUCUCCGCCCUCGCCAAGCAGACCAAGCUACUCAACCUCAAGCCCACCAAGAGGAUUGACUUCACAUUUGAUCCCUUCACUGACAAUGCCCAUGUAGUGAGAAACGUCGUCAAUUAUUUUUAUCAAGACAAAGUCCGUGAUACCAACCCUAAGUGUCUUUUGAAGACCAACGUCGUGAAUGACAGAUCGGAGCCAAUCAUCGUCGUCAAAUUAGUGGAUGACAAAAAGAUUGUGUUCAAGACCAACAACCUCAGUUCACUUGACAUCCUAGUGAAGUACAAUGAACUAGUGAGCAGCAAAGUGAAGGUAGAUGAAGCUGUAGAUGCAGCUAAACCAGUGCUCACCAAGUCACAGAAGAGGAGAUAGUCUAUAAAACCACUGUGUAAAUACUUUCAUGUACAUUAUUCAUUAUUUUUGCUACAGGGGUACUUAAAUCUAGUGAAGAAUCAUUUGAGGCCAAGAAGCAGUGUAAUAUUAGACUUUUUUGUCUCGUAUUAAGUUUCUGUCACCACUCCCACAACCACCACCAUGUCAACUCAGGCACAGCGCAAGUAUGAGGCCACCAUGAGCAUUGUUAAUAAGGUGUAUGACAGUGUUCCGGCUUUUACCGACAUUUUUGAUGAGGAUUCAUGGUACAUCUUUGCAGUGUGCUUCACCAUGGCAACAAUUUUCGUAACUUUCAUUGCCUCCCGAUACAUAACAUUAAAACCGGUAGAGUAACAACAGCAGCAGGCAUGGCAGAGACCUGACAGGGAUGUGAGGUUCAGUGCCUCCUUCCCUCAGUUUCCUUAUAUGCCCUUCUUUUAUAAUCCAUCAUUUUUAUUUAUUUAUUUCUUUUAUUUUUUUUCCUGUAUUAUUUUCCCUUAUCAAAUGUUUUGUUGUUUUGAUAAGUGGUGUGAUUUAUUUUAUACCAGUUUGAGUUGAAUAAUGAAUCUCAUUUAUGAAUCUGACGUGAAAUGUCAAUGUGUUUGUGGCACUCUUGAACAUCCUUGUCCUGUAAUGUUCUAUAACACUGAAUCACAUGAUUUUUAUUUGUUAUCCUGCUCUUAGUUUCAAGUGACAUUCCCAACUCAAAACCAGUAGAUUUGUCAGCAUUUGAUAUGAUAGAUUGAUUCAUAUAGAUUUAUCAAAGUAGUGCAUAUAUUUUGUGUCAAAUAUUUCUUAUGAUGCGUCAUUCAUUUAAUAUGUAUUUCAGAUGCUUGAAAAUUGGUGAUAAGUUUAUCUAGUCAUGUGUUCUCUGGUAAACAUUCAGGUUGACAACUAUUGUUUUUCUACAGUAAGUCGUUCAGUGUCUUACUGGAAUAUCAGUCCUUAGCGUCAGGUGCUAAUAUGAAUCUACAUUGCCAUGUUGCUGUUAUUGAAUCUGUUGUCUAUGUGUGAAUUGCCACCUUCCUUCCCUUGCAUUGUUCUAGUGCUUUGUUAAGUCAUUGUUAUUUAGCCCAAGGUUUGAUGUACACUGGGAAACACGGUGUAGAUAUGGUUUGUUAGUAAUUGGGUAUCAGAAUGGUGUUUACAAAUUUUUUAUUUAUUUGCUCCUGUGUGUGUGCUCAGAAUUUGUCUUUUAUCUAUUUUUAAUGGAAAAGAAAUUUUUUCACAUUUUCUAGUUGUUUGUCAAAGAAGCACUAGAAUCUUAAAAUGGAAUCAGGGAAGGAGAGGAAUGUUUAGGACACUGGCCAAGUACUAGACUGUUGUUUGUUCUAAAUAUGAAGUAUACUGUAGUACCAUGUUGGUAUUACAGAAACUUUUUAGUCACGCCUGUAUACUAGUCAACAAUUUGGGCAUGAGUCUGCAUAAUGAAAGAUCCAUUAUGCUUGUUACCAUGUAGUUCCUCUGCUCCUCUUACAUUGUUUGUUGAGAUUUUUAUCCUUUCUUCUUUUUAAUGGGGAAAGUACUGUUUACCUCAAUAUAAUCAUGGUAAUGUGUAUGUAAUGUUAAUAAGAUGGCUAGUACAAGUCAUGGGACAAAAACUUCCUUCAAAAGUUUAGUUUAACUUGCUGAUUAAAGGUCAGUAUAGAUAAAUUGCAUGUGUGUUGCUUAAUCACUCAUUCUGUAUGGUCUGUGCUUGUGCUGUACAGUGUCUGAGGUUGACCUUGCAUGGGGCUCUUUGGGAAGCCUCUGAAGCUUUAUGAGGCUGAAUUUUCAUGACAAUAUUUAAUUAAAAUAUGAAAGAUAAAAUCCAAAGUAGUAUUUCACUAAUGUACUACUGUGCAUAUGAGGAUAGCUCGCCCCUGGUGAGAUUUCCCAGUUCACCUCUUCUAGCAGCUACUGUUUUGAUUCACUGAAAACUAUAAUAGAUUUUUUUGCUUCAGCCAAUUAUUUAUUGCUAAGGUAGUUGAGUUUUUUCUGCAAUUUGUCAGUAACUCAGUAAUAGGGAUGCAGCACCAGUUAUAUAAAUUCGGUCAUCAUUAAGGUAAUCCAAGACAAGUAUGAAGAGAAACAACCAAAAAAGUGUUAAAAGUGUACAAGAUUGGGAAAAUUUUAGCGAGGCCUGGAGAUUAUUAAGUAGAAUGGAAUGUUUUUUUUUUUUGUAUGAUUUUUUUUCAGUUUACAGUAUAUCCUUCAUUUUCCACUGCAUGGAUAUAAAGUGGUGGCCCUAAGAAGACAAGGUGCAGUGGGCAGCUACAGUGUUGUAGUGACAUGAGGCUCUACAACCCCUCACCCCUCACUGGUUCUUGUUCUUUAUGAUUCUUCUCAUUAAACUGUUCUCAUUAU